AACUUUCUAUAAUUCCAAAUAAUCUUUUAUAAUCUUUCUGUAUGGUUGCAAUGGGUGGACGGGUGGUGUAAUUAACUACAUUCCACUUAUAUUUUACAGUCUGUUCUGAAAUUUUAAGGCAGUGUUGGGAUGAUUCAUUAUUCUGUAGUUGAAUUGGCUGGUGGCACAAAAUGGAGCACGGAUCUAACAACAGCUGAAAAGAUUCAAAAUAGAAUGAAAAAGUCAAAUAGGUUGAAUGGCUGUCUGUUGUUCUUGCCAUUUCUUAUUUUGUUAUGUAUAAAUUUAAAUGAUCAAUUAUUGAUAACCUUUUCAGGUUCACAAAAACUUGGCCUUCCAAAAAAGGGGCAUAUACUGGUCCUGGAAACUGACGGAACUGAGAUUGAUGAUGACAAAAUCUUAUUGGAGAUGCAAUCAGAAUCUUUAAUAAUACUGAUGGAAGGAGAGAGCUGGAUCCCACAGAUACCCAUAGAAGAACAAGUGAACAUAACAUCAAUUGAGCAGAAGUCUGAUUCUGAAAAAAUAAAUGAAAUCAUAUCCCUUGACUCCGCAGCAUACAUGGAAUCUUUUGCAAAUCGGAGAUGUUCAACAGUGGAUGAUAGAACCCCUCUGCCUCCAUUUUCUGACCUGGUGCAUAGAAGUCUUCUGGCUGGCAAUUCAAGAGGGAUAUGGCAUAAAAUGGUUGAUGAAGCAUCUAAUUAUUACCUGGCUAAUUAUCGCAGCCUAAGUGACAGGCCAUUGGAAAAAAGCUGUAUAGCAAAUACCCAUGCAUUAAGCAUGAAGGGAAUGAACCGUGGGCAAGAUGGAAUUCAAUCCUUAUUUUCUAAGUGCCUCAGUCAGAAGAUGAGGCACAUGAGGUGGUCUUUAAAAAGGAAAAACCUGCCCAUUGACUCCAAUUCGGCACCAAUUAUGGCAAAGAAAGCCCAGGUACCUACCAUACAGAGGCGUGAAGAACGGCCCGAUGAAGAAUACGACCGCCAUGUCGAAGAAUUAAGAAAAGAAUUUGACAAAAAUAAGCCUGAUGACAAUCACAUAGACAUUCUUCUUAAAGAAACGUUUGGCAAUCGUCGAUUGUGGCUGACCACUCUUCCAGCUGGAAGAAUUAAACCAAUUGUUGAAGUUUACCCUUGUUUUGAAUGGGGACAAUUUGUAAUGGGUGAAUUUGCAAUGGUCCUUGGAAGUACAUGAUUUGAAACAUUGUGCAAAAGGGCUGAACAGGUUAGGACGGUCUCUGAGUUACUGAUUGGAUCCAAGAAAGAGGUGAGGAAAUAAACGAUCACAAAACACAUUGUAUUCUUGUGAAUGACUUGUGGCUUUGCCAGCUGGAAACGCACGAAGGUAACAAACAAAAAGAACAACAAACCUCCUCCCUCUCCCCCUUCACACCCCGCCACUGUACAAAGCAAUUACUUAUACAAAGGUCAUUACCCCCACCCCAUUUUUCUUUUCAGGGAGAUCUCAGAAUGCUACCUGUAAUUCAGCUCAUUGAAGAAAAAACUAAAUUUGAUGAAGGAAAGGGGAAAAAGUCAGUUUCGGUCAUCACUGUA